AUGCUCGGUCUGCCUUGGGUUUUCCUUUCCCUUCUUGCGGUCUCUGCAAAUGCAGGCCGUAUCGUGUGGGAUGGAAGUUUUAACAACUACACUACCCCCGCAGACUUCGAUCGAUGGUCUUGGGCAAACCAAGUCGGAACAUACCAAUGGUACAUCAAGGGCAGCGGACCUACCUCUCGAUACCUGAACCUCGAUCCCUCAUACAAAAACCCUGCCAUCACCUCGGAAUUGCGAGGUUUGAAGGUUACCAUUGAUACCACUGCGACAUGGAACUCGCAGAUGAUGAGGACCGAGCUGAUCCCUCAGACCAAUGCCAACUUGGGCCAGGGCAACCUCUUCUACCACUUCUCGAUCAAGAGGACCAAUACCAACGCACCCGACCCAACUCUUGAACAUCAAGUUAUGUUCUUCGAGAGCCACUUCACUGAACUCAAAUACGGUGUCGGCUCUAACCCUUCUAACCUCGGGUGGUACGCCGGAGGAACCGAGAGAUGGAGCACCCCCUUCACCGCUGACACCUGGUUCAACUUUGCGUACGACAUUGACUUCACCGCUAAGACUGUCGGUCUCUGGGCCUCCACCAACGGCAACCCGCUCGUCAAGGUCGUACAAAACGUUCCUGCCAACACCUUCACUGACUCCCGGGAUUUCCACGUCGGCGUGCUUCGAAUCGUCAACCGAAAUCCCCCCGAGGACUGGUAUGUCAGCGGUGUUUACAUCGAAGAAGGCCCCAUUACCACCCAAAUUGGGGAUGGAUCUUCUCCCGGACCUGAGCCCCCUGUCGUUACCAACCCACCACCUGUGACCACUCCCCCGGUCGUCACUCCGCCACCCCCUGUGACCACCACUACUCCAUCCGGUCCUUUGCAGACCAAGUAUGGUCAGUGUGGAGGAAACGGAUACACCGGCCCCACUAACUGCGUCGAGGGGACGACUUGUGUCGCUGUUUCCCCUCCAUACUACUACCAGUGUCAGUAA